GUGUGUGUGUGUGUGUGUGUGUGUGCACGUGCGUGUGCGUGUGCGUGCAAUCAGGACAAUUCAACAAACUACACUAGCCUAUACAAUUGGAGAAUUAAAGUGCACUGCAGACAGUUCCUCAGAUGUAUUUAAGGCUACUAAAAGAACCGCAAGGAAUAAAACAAGUAAAGUCAACUUAAUGUCUGAGACAACCAAAUAACCAUAUCUAUUAUUACUAAUUUGGUUAGCCAAAAUGGUUCAGGUCUGAACUCAUUUUUUGCGUUCUGAAGGAGAAGGAACAGGGUGAAUAGAAAUAGGCUCCCUAGGGGGAAAAGGCUAGGCUACUGAGGAAGUUGUAAAAUGUCAAGCAUGACCCUCCAUGCUUGCCUUACUCUCAAGACACUCUCACAUGAUUCUACUCUUGUGACCCACAUUCCUCCUGAAAUCACUUGCCUGGGUCAUAAUUUGUAGAGUCUACGCACAAAACAAUGGUGUCAGAUGCAAUGGCAGGAUUGCGGAUAAUGAUUCAGUGACAUCAAAAGGAUACUAUUAACAACUUAUGGCCGAUUCACCCUCUCCAGCAGAGUCAAGGAGGUGUAAUUAUUUCUUCCUCUACGAUGGAUCAAAGGUCCAGGAGGAAGGAGACCCCACACGCGCUGGAAUAUGCUUCUUUUACCCCGAGGAGACUCCACUGGAUCAGCAGGAGCUGCUGUGUGGCCAGCUGGCGGGGGUGUGCAGGUGUGUGUCGGAGCUGUCCCUCUCACCUGUGCGUCUGCUCCGGCUGCGCAGGAGCAAGUUUGCUGUGCGCAUGAAGGAACACUUCCUUUGGGCUCUCAGUUGUUCUGUGGACAUUCCAGAUGUUAGCAUGUGCGCCCUGCUGGAUCAGCUGAUCAGCCUGUUUUGUUUCUACCACGGCCCGGUGCGACAGAGUUACCUGCGUCAGAGUCGUGCGGAGCUGGCCCGGCACUGGGCCACGUAUCUCAUGCACCUCCAGGGAGGCUCCUGCGAGCUGCACCACAUCUUCAGCUGCCUGAGGACCAUCGACUCUACCAAUAUCGAUCCAUUGCUGCUUUUGAAAGCAGCCCUGAUCUUGCAGGCCUGCCAACGCUGCCCCCUGGUGUUGGCUGGGUGCAUACUCUACAGAGGCAGGGUGGUGAGCACUCAAAUGCCUCCUGAUUUAACGGUGAAGGUGAUGGUCCAUGAAACAGAGAGCUUUCAUCAACAAGACCAGGGUCCAGUAGCCAAUGGCAUGAAUGGUGGCAGUGGAACGCCCUCCUCCAGCUCCGGCACAACGCCAGUGUUCCUCACCCCAGCUGAACUCCAGGCACUACGCUGCAACCCAGUGGACAAAAGAUGCAGGUCUCACUACACACCCCAACCUCAGCCAAGAUCAAGAAAGUCCCGCCUCCUGUCAAGGACUCUAUCCGACACUCCCACUGAUGAUUCGGACAUCGCCGAUCCUGCCCCCGCUCCCACCCCUUCGUCUUGUCGCUCCUCCAUGUCCGAUGAGUCCUGUCUCAGUGCCGGCCUCUCCUCCGAGGCCAACACCCCAUCCCACAUCAGUCCUGUCCACCAAUCAGAGCGCUACUGCCCAGCAGAUGCUAAGUCACAUGACCAUGGUCUAUCCAAUGGAGUUGCUGCGUGCAAACUGAAAGAGGAUGUCGUUUUGAGCAAGACGGCUAAUGGUUGCAAUAAAAAGGUGGACGUUAGUACUGGCCAGGGCAAUACUGAAGCUAACGGCGCCUUGAUCCUGCCGAACGGAAACGGCCACGAUAAUGGUCACGAACAUGGCAGUCAUGACAACGGCUGUCACCCAGAGACAGUCCCAGACAGCCCCUCCGACCACAGCUCUUACGACGAGCUGUCAGACUCCAGCUGUCACAAGCCCCCAUCAAACGUGUCUGGAAAAGCAGUCGUACCGGAGAACGGAGAAAAGACAAGGACGAAAAAGGCGAGCCUCAGUGCAGACCCAGUGAGGGACAACGAGAUGCAAUCCAGCACUUGCACCAAGAACGGCGUAAUAAACGACACGGAAAGUUUGAAAGAGGGAGAGUCCAAAGAGAAUGGGACAGAGGACAGAAGGCGGGACAAGGGGGAAGACUUCUCUGCACCAUCUUCUCUGCCACUAUCUUCAUCACCACCACCACCACCACCUCCGCCAUCCUCCUCCUCGGAUGAGGAGACCCUGCUGCCCAUGGCUCUGUAUCAGCACAGGGUCAGGGCUCUGGUGCUCUCCCUGCUCGUGGAGCCCCAUUUCCACACAGACCAGGCAGCUGUCGAAGAGGUGUACCACAGCAGCAUGGCCUCUCUGAAUGGCCUGGAGGCUCACCUGCGGAGCAGUACACCGGGGGGGGCGGGGCCCUACGGCCCCUACACCUUCGCUCACUACGACUGCAUCCAGAACACACUCACCACCAACCUGUCUGGGACACCUCAGGACCGACCUUUUGUCAGGGCCACGGCCCUUCUGCAUUCAAAUUUCUCCCAAACACAGACUCUGCAGGAGGCAAUCGUUAGAAAUGCUGGCUCUGCGGUGUAUGGCACACGCAGCUCUGCCCAGGAGACCUACUUCCUCCAGCACGCCACCGCAAUCAGGAACUCUGGCAUACCCAACCACCAGGACAGUGCCUUCUCCCUGCCCAGCAAAGCUCGUCACAGACUGCUCAAACAUGGGGUUAACCUGCUUUGAGAACCACCAAGACAGCACCAGCAAAGCCCGCUACAGACUACUCAAACACGGGGUUAACCUGCUUUGAGAAGCUCGCCACAGACUGCUAAAGUGCAGGGUUAACCCGUUUUGAGAACCACCAAGACAGCACCAGCAAAGCCCGCUACAGACUGCUCAAACACGGGGUUAACCUGCUUUGAGAAGCUCGCCACAGACUGCUAAAGUGCGGGAUUAAAAAGCUCUGAGAACCACCAAGAAAGCGCCAGCAGCAAGGACUCCGCAGGCGUGGUUAACCUUCUUUGAGAACCAAUCAGGAACUCCGGCAUCCCCGACCACCAGCACUGUGCCUCCUUCCCCUGCCCUGCAAAGCCCUCACCUGACUGCCAAAUCACAUGUUUAGCAUGCUUUGAGAAACAGGGUUAGGAAGCAGUCAUCAAGGAACACUUUUUAAGAUAAUUUUAUCACUAUUGUGUGACACCAGAUUGCUCAAAAACGGAGAGCAUAUGACUGCACCCUGUACUUAUCUUGUGUAGAACUAGACAUAAUGUGGUGAGGUAGGAGGUUGUUAACAAAGUUGUAAAAUCCAAAUAAGUCACAAGUCACAAUGGGUGAUAAGUCACAAGUGUCUAAUUUUUAAGAAGGAAAACACGUGUUCAGAUGUCAGAGCAUUUGUUUCUGCACUUUUCACAGAUUUAAUCACUGUUCUAACACAGGGUUACCUAAUCUUUACCAACUUGGGGCCCGCUUGAAAUUUUCACAAAUGUUCGGGGCCCACCUCUGACCUAAUAUGCAAUACAAGCCAAAUAGUCAAGAUCAACACGCACACACAUAUUAUUUAGAUUAGAAAGUAUUUCAAGGCCCUAUGCACAGUUUGAAAAUCCCUUUUCUAACAUACAGUACAUUUGUGCACACCUCAUUAUGAUUAUUUUAAUUAUUAGAACAUGUUCGCCAUAUGCUAUGCUGUGUGAAGCAGGGGUGGCUGCUGAUGGUGAUUUUCAAUGUCAUAUGAGGAACUGAAGUCUUUGGGUAGAUUAUUUUGUAUCUACCCUUAAAGCUUCUAGAAUCUGAUCUGGCAUAUUUGUUUGCGCAUCUUUUUUCUAGACAGUUAUUCGGUGGAAAACUGAAAUUUGCAGUCCCUACCUGGGCUGAGUUUCUCAAAAGAGAAGUUGUUAGCCUGUUAGCAACUUCGGUAGUUGCCAAUGGAAAAAUGCAUUGAAAACAACAAAGUAGCUAAUGUAGUAAGCAACUUUGGUUUUGAGAAAUUCACCCACUACUUGUUAGAGAUGGGGAUUAGCCUAUUAUCAAUGGCAAACAAGGUGUGCACUGGAAUAAUAGAGAGGCAGUUAAGACUGAGAUUAUGUUGAUUCUAAUAUACAUGUUUAAAUAUAAGUUGUUAGAUUUUAUAUUGUCUUUUCUAGAAAUAAAGCCUCUUAAUAAA